UAUUGUUCAUUGCAUCUGCUUGUUUUUGCCUUCUCCUCUCAUCGUCAAUGUCAUCAAGUUCAGGAAUUGUAGCUACUGUAAUCGUCGUCAUCGUGAUUCUGGUCAUAAUGAUCGUCAUCGGUAUAAUGAGAAGAGCUGAAGAUAUUGCGAACAAUGCUUACCUCUCCCGAUUUCUGACACUAGCCAUGGAUAAAUUCCUCAAUGAAAUGGAAAAGGAGAAACCAAUCAGAUUUACUUCUCAGCAGCUAAGGAUUGCAACUGAUAAUUUUACAAACUUGCUGGGUUCAGGGGGUUUUGGAGCAGUGUACAAGGGAGUUUUCAAUAAUGAAACCGUCGUAGCUGUCAAGGUUUUAUAUGGAAGCUCGGAUAAAGAAAUUGAGAAGCAAUUCAUGGCGGAAGUGAGUACACUUGGUAGAGUUCAUCACUUUAAUCUCGUUCGACUCUAUGGUUUCUGCUUUGAGAGGAACAUGAGGGCUCUAGUUUACGAGUACAUGACAAAUGGCUCACUUGACAGGUUUUUAUUUAGUGAAGAAAAGAUGAUAGGAUUUGACAAACUUCACGAGAUUGCAAUAGGCACGGCAAAAGGGAUUGCAUACUUGCAUGAGGAAUGCCACCAGAGAAUCAUUCACUAUGACAUAAAGCCUGGAAAUAUUCUCCUAGAUGCAAAUUUAUUUCCCAAAGUAGCUGAUUUUGGUUUGGCUAAGCUCUGCAACAGGGAAAACACCCAUGUAACCAUGACAAGAGGUAGAGGAACUCCAGGUUAUGGAGCGCCAGAACUUUGGAUGCCUUAUCCUAUAACCCAUAAGUGUGAUGUUUAUAGCUUUGGAAUGCUACUAUUUGAAAUCAUCGGUAGGAGAAGAAACCUUGACAUUCAACUUCGAGAGAGCCAAGAAUGGUUUCCAAGAUGGGUGUGGAAAAAUAUCGAGAAUGGAGAUUUAGGAGAGUUAAUGAAAGUGUGCGAGAUUGAUGACGAAAAUAGAGAGACAACCGAGAGAAUGGUCAAAACCGCUUUAUGUUGUGUCCAGUAUAGACCUGAGCAGAGGCCUUCGAUGAGCACGGUGGUUAAAAUGUUGGAAGGAACAAUGGAAAUUCCUGCACCUUCAAAUCCAUUUGAGCAUUUGCUGGUGGAGACUCGUAUUCCUAGCAUUCCUGUUGAUUCAGAAUCUUCUUCAGUGGUAACAGAAUCGAAGUUAGUAGGUGCGACUCCUGGCUUGAAAAAUUAUGAGAUUGAAGUGAUUUGCAGUUCUUAGUUAGUGCAUUCAAAUGACUAACUAUAUCUUGCUUUCUGUCAUUUCCUUCGGUUUUCGUCUACUUCAGCAAUCUAUUGUAUUGUGUUUUUUUCAUAGAUUUUACUGAAAUUAAUCAUGAUUGUAUCAAUUAAGAAAAAGAAAAACACCAUUAACACAUGGUAAAGGACAAAUAUUGCAUCUAUUUUCUGAAUAUGAUUUUUA